GAAUACAAUCAUGAUUGAUAUUAGUUUCCAUUACUUGUUAUCGAUCGAGCAACAUUAUCAAGUCGUUUAGUGUCACGAUAAAGACAAUUGAGCAUGUGAAACAACAGACAAAGAUAAUUACUCUACUAAUGACAAUCAAGGAAACCCAUUUGCCAAAAACGUCGUCGUUUUGGAAUGAAACAACAGCUCAAACCCCAAAACCGUGUUGGGACGGUAAACAGACCCCUCCCUGCUCGCCGGAGCACUACUCGGCGACUUCAGAUCUUCUUUCAGGGUUCUUCCAGGAAUUAGAUUGUCAACGAAUCCAAUCUUCUGAAACAAAAAUCUUCGGAUGCGAAGAUCGAUUGUGAUUGUGAUUGCGUUAACGGCGAAGGGGUUUCUUCAUCGGCAUCUUCUGGAGAAAGGUAAUCUUGUAACUGCUCUCUCAUUACGCAUUUGCAAUUCCCGAGCUUUUUCUGGUAGGAGUGAUUACCGAGAGAGAUUGAGAAGUGGGCUUCACUCUAUUAAGUUUAACGAUGCACUUACUUUGUUCUGUGACAUGGCUGAGUCUCAUCCCCUCCCUUCCAUUGUUGAUUUCAGUAGAUUACUGAUUGCCAUUGCUAAGCUGAAUAAGUAUGAAGCUGUGAUCUCUCUCUUUCGGCAUUUGGAGAUGUUGGGAAUUUCACAUGAUCUCUAUAGCUUCACUACUUUAAUAGAUUGUUUCUGCCGAUGCGCUCGACUCUCUCUUGCUCUGUCAUGUCUAGGAAAGAUGAUGAAGCUUGGUUUUGAGCCCAGCAUAGUUACCUUUGGAUCUCUGGUCAAUGGAUUCUGUCACGUAAAUAGAUUUUAUGAAGCCAUGUCUCUGGUUGAUCAAAUCGUGGGAUUGGGAUAUGAACCUAAUGUUGUAAUCUACAACACUAUCAUUGAUAGUCUCUGCGAAAAGGGACAAGUGAAUACUGCGCUGGAUGUUUUGAAACAUAUGAAGAAAAUGGGAAUUAGACCGGAUGUUGUUACAUACAACUCUCUCAUUACUCGCCUUUUCCAUUCUGGUACAUGGGGCGUCUCUGCUCGAAUACUGAGUGAUAUGAUGAGGAUGGGAAUCAGCCCGGAUGUAAUCACUUUCAGUGCUUUGAUCGAUGUGUAUGGGAAAGAGGGGCAGCUUUUAGAGGCUAAGAAACAGUACAAUGAGAUGAUUCAAAGGUCAGUUAAUCCUAAUAUUGUCACUUACAAUUCACUGAUCAACGGGCUUUGCAUUCACGGUCUUCUAGAUGAAGCCAAAAAAGUUCUUAAUGUUUUGGUAAGUAAAGGUUUCUUCCCAAAUGCAGUGACUUAUAAUACUCUCAUAAAUGGAUAUUGCAAGGCCAAGAGGGUAGAUGAUGGGAUGAAAAUCUUGUGCGUAAUGUCCCGUGAUGGAGUGGAUGGUGACACAUUCACUUACAAUACUCUUUACCAAGGUUAUUGUCAAGCGGGAAAAUUUAGUGCUGCCGAAAAGGUUUUAGGUCGGAUGGUUUCUUGUGGCGUGCAUCCCGAUAUGUAUACCUUUAACAUUUUGUUAGACGGUCUAUGUGAUCAUGGAAAAAUAGGAAAAGCAUUGGUGAGACUGGAGGAUUUGCAAAAGAGUAAAACAGUUGUUGGUAUUAUUACAUAUAAUAUUAUCAUCAAAGGGCUGUGUAAGGCUGAUAAGGUGGAAGAUGCUUGGUAUUUAUUUUGCAGUCUUGCUCUCAAAGGAGUAAGUCCUGAUGUUAUAACGUACAUUACAAUGAUGAUAGGCUUGCGUAGGAAAAGACUAUGGCGUGAAGCGCAUGAGCUGUAUAGAAAAAUGCAAAAAGAGGAUGGGCUUAUGCCAAUUAAGUAGACGUAUAAAAGAGGUAAAUAUGAGACACCUUAGAGAUAGCGAGUUAAGGGUUCACCAUCACCACAGAUGCGUCUUAAUUUUAAGUUUGGCUGUUGUAUGAUACGAAAUUGGACAAACAUUAAGCUAGGAGGCAUGAUGGAUUUAAUCAUAUUUUAGAUGGGAAUGAGAGGAUAUUAAGGUACCAACCCUCAAGGCAUAUUGUAGACUGGUUUGGUUUGGACAUGUGAAGAGUUUUGAAGCUGAAGUGUUUGGUCACUCUAGCAUUAGAUGUUGCAGGUGUAGUUUUGUACAUACAUGUAAAUGAUGUCUCUUUCUUACGCACAUUUGUUGACAUAGAGAAGCUAAUAUUUGCUUAAGCAUGUUGUAAGCUGUAACUUUAGAAUUUAACCUCCACUGUAACAUAUUACAUAUGCAAUCAGGCAAACGAAGAUUCGAUCAAACGGG